AUACGUUCAAUCACACGGUAAGAGAGGACUUAUAUAUCAAGCGAAAGCUUACAUUCUUAUUAUCAGAAUUCGUAUACAAACUAUGGGUACUCAAUCAUCUUUUGACCUAGCCAACAUGUUCUUUGUUUUUGCUAAAAACCUAGCCAACAUGUUCUUACGGGAGAGAAGAGAAGGAAGAAAAAUAUGCAAGAGCCGUGAACUUCCUUCUGAACUCGUGAUUGAGAUUCUCACGAGACUUCCAGCUAAAUCCCUUAUGAGGUUUAAAUCCGUAUCGAAGCUCUGGUCAUCGUUAAUUUGUUCCCGAUAUUUCACGGACCGUUGCCUGAAAGUUUCAUCAUCUCCGCUUAUAUACAUGCGCGUCGAUAUGCUCCCCUUCAAAAAUAUAUCACUAUCAUCAUCCUCACCUUUGGACGAUACUACUAUGUUGUCCUUUGUCGUUGACCAGGAGUUGACUAUCCCAUCAAUGGAAGGCUACUCCGUCUCUCAGGUUUUUCGCGGUUUGAUGUGCUUUAUAAACGGUCAAAGUGCUAAAAUAUAUAACACUACCACUAGACAAGUUGUAGCCUUACCCGACAUAGAAGGAUCCAACAUCACAGCUAAGGAUAAGUGCUUCAUGUACCAUAUCGGACAUGAUCCUGUUCAUGAUCAAUAUAAAGUGCUUUGCACAGUUUCAACACGUGGAGAAGGCAGGAAUAGAAGCAGGAGGAUGCUCGCGUCAGAGCAUUGGGUCUUACUACUAGGAGGAGGAGAUGGAUCAAGUCGGUGGAGAAAGAUUUCAAGCCCAUGUCAACCACAUCUUGCUUUCACGCAAAGAUUGAGUAUCAAUGGGCGUGUCUAUUACCUAGCUAGGGUUCGUGGGAAUCGUCCUCAUGCGGUCUUCAGUUUUAAUAUUCGUUCUGAAGAAAUCUGUAUCGUCCAAGAAUUUGAACAUAACGCCUUUUACCCUCGUUUUAUUGCGCUUAUAGAAUAUGGUGGAAGAGUAGCUCUUUUACACCAUUACGAUUUUGAAGCAGUAGGUGUGAUGGACCUAUCGUUUAUGGAUGAUGCGGAUAUAUGGUCGAGAAAGUCUUUUGUGUUGGAUCUUUCCCAGAUGGAUUUACUAAAUGGCAUCAGUUUGAGGGUACAAGGUACAACUAGAAACGGUGAGGUUAUUUUGGUACCUACAAAUACAUCUCGUAAUCCCACCACCGGCAAGAUGAUCGUUCAACCUCAACGUACCAAUCGUUUCCACAUUUUUCUAUACAAUCUACAAAACAACCAUUUGAGAGAAGUUGAAAUCAAAGACACAUUCAACCGCUAUCUUACUAGUAUUUGGGACGUUAUUGGAUUAGAUGAUGUUGAGAAUUUGAUGUAUCUUUAAGCGCUUAUGCUUCUUUGUGUUUUCUUCUCCCCUCCUAGGUUUCUAGCUAG